GUGCAGUACACCAAAAAUAUACCGGCCAUAUACAUGGACCCGGAAGCAUACCCUCGCUUACUAUCUUCGGCCGAAAGAAAAGAGAAGAAUAAGAAAAUGGAGCCUCCGCAUCUCCCACCCCACCUAAGCCAUGUGUUGUUGCACAAGACGUUACUUCACCCAGAUAAAAUCAAGAAACAUAAGCACGAACGCACUGAGGUUCCCAGUCAUGUUAUCCUUAAUCACCUUGCCACCACAUCCAUUAAGAGCGAUGUGUUGGCCGUUGCUUGUAUCAACCGGUACUAUGGGAAGUUUGUGAACUCGAUUAUGUACUCUCCGAUA